AUGCUUCUUGUUCCUCCACACAGCGGACACAUCUUCUCAUUAUCUGCACACUACGUGCCAAAACACGGUAUCGCCAUCUCUUCUUUGACUGCACCAAUCCGAUGCUUCUGGUCGAUAGCAAAGCCUUAUGUGAGGGUAACAAGCGAAAUCGUGGUUAGGCAGGCCACCUGCGUUACACAACCUGAUCUCGAUCAAUCAAGCCUUGCAUUGUUCUUGAUCCUUGGCUUCACUGAUUGCAGAGGGCCUGUGCAAACUUCGGUUGUCCCCACCAGGACACCGUAA